AACGAGAAAAAAAGGCGAAAAAGGAAGCGAAGUCUGGCCCGGACGGCAUCUGCUGUUAGGAGGAAAUGGUAUGCAGUUCAGGCUGGCUGUGCCUCCCACUGACUGUCCCAUAGCUAUCAUCUCAUCUGUUGUUAUUUACACAGACUGCGGUCCGUUUUCAACUGGUAAACCGGGCUCCGAGGCACAUAUUGUGGAAGUAUCUCUACCCGGUAUGACCCAACAGCAUAGCUAACACGGUUAACGGCUGACGAUGGCUGCGGUGCGAAUGGUCGGCAAAGUUACGGCAAGACUUUUUGGAAGUAUUCACCCUCUUCACUACGGUCUCAAAACUACUCGUCCGGUUACAUUUCUGCACCAGGUUCAACAGAGGCUUCCUCUACUUGGAAAUUGUCAAGCUAUUUUCUACAGUACACUCCCACCCUCCAGUGAUGUGUCUUUGAAGUACAAAUAUGGCCGUUUGGUUCUGGAGGUCCCGCUGCCCUCCAGGAAUGAGAAGUGUCUGUUCUUCCUCCGACCCAUGCUGAUGAAUGUAGGAGACCUGAUCACAGAUCUGCAGAGAGAGGACCCCGGAGCCACUGCCUCCAUUUACUGCAAGGAUGGAGAGCGUGUAGCCAACACCACGCUGAUAGACGCUCUGCUGGAGAAGGACUUCCAGCUCGUCAUCAAUGAUGCAGUUUAUAAUGUCUGCUCUCCUGAAAAGGUGUGUACGUCCAGUGAGCAUGCCAUGGGGCUGGAGGACAUGAAGCAUGUUGUGCAUCUGCUGCACACAGCACUCCACCUGCCUGAACACCACCUGCUGACAGAGAGGCAGCUGCUGGACAGACUGGACCACCUCAAACAGGAGUUGUCACCUCUGGAGAAGAUGAAGACACAGCUGUCCCAUACAGCAGAGUUCCACACCUCCAGGGUUAUCUGGACCGGCAUGGCCCUGUUAUCUGUGCAGGGUGGUGCUCUGGCCUGGCUCACCUGGUGGGUCUAUUCAUGGGACGUCAUGGAGCCCGUCACUUACUUCAUCACCUACGCCACCAGCAUUGGAGCCUUCGCCUAUUAUGUCCUUACCAAACAGGAUUAUAUAUACCCAGAUGUUAAAGACAGACAGUUCCUGCAUUACUUUUAUAAGGGGGCCAGCAAGAAGAAAUUCAACGUGAAUAAAUACAAUGAACUCAAGGAUGAACUGACUCAGGUGGAGGAGGACCUGAGACGUCUGAGAGAUCCAACUCAAUUUCAGCUACCACUUGAACAGAUCCAGCCAAAGCCAUGAACAAUGGUCACCAACACGUACACACUUGAGAGCAAAAACAAUAUUUCUGCUUUAUUUUGAUAAUGGCGCCUUUUUACUAGGAAUCCAUAUCUCAUCUGUGUUUUGUUUACAGUCUUGAUAAUGAUGCCAAUUAUAUCGUUGAGAAAAGUAUAAACACUGAAGACUAUUGAAAUAAAAAGUAUUUCCCGAACAGUGGGAGAAUCAUC